GACUUCCAGAAAACAGCGGGGCUAAUUCAGGAGUUUCUUUCCAAACUGUCCUGCGAUGAAUCGACGGCUGAACUGCGUGACUCCAUGAAUCUUGUUCUUUUUCACUUGCAAAGGUACUACAAGAAACUCCGCAAGCGAAGUCUUUCCAGCGGAACUUCGCCACGAUUUCAUGGGAAAACUCUAAGUGGAGGUCUUAUUUUGAACGGUGGUGUAAGUCCGGUUUCUCCUGCUUGUGGUAUACGAGAUCAGUUUGAGUGGAAGUGGUAUAACUUGGAAUCACCGAGAUUGUCAGCCAGUCUUGGGACAAAUGAAUAUUCUUCUCUACCCCUUAUCUUGCAAGCUGCGAAAUCAGGGGAUUACGAACUUUUGAAGGAACUCAUAGAUAAAGGUAAAAAAUUGGAGAGAAACCAUGCAUACAUACACACUUCUUAUUUGGGGAUGAUAAAAAUAAUCCAUAAAGUUUUAUUUGCUAUAAUAGCAGCUGGUUAUUUGAGAACUUGAAAGGUUAAUUCAGAACUCUAAUUACAAACAAAUUACGAACAAAUUACUUUUUCUCUCAAUCAUCAGGGAAAUACUUGUGUAAAUUCAUUACAGUUAGGUUAUAAAAAUAUAAUCUCCCUCCAGCUUCUUGCUGUCAGCCUCUGAAAUCCAGCUCAAAAGAUCAUAGGUGAAAAUCACUUAUCAUUUUCCUGAUCCUUGUCACCUUAUACUAAUAGAUAUUAGGGCCAUUUAUACGAGGAAAAAUAAGACGUGUCUUUCAUUAGAUGCGUCCUAAAUCAGACGCAAACUAUCCUGUAUAAACGGCACAUUAAGACGCUACUUAGCAAAAACACAUGUUAUCAAAUAACAGAUGUUAGGGGCUAUUCUUUGAUGAGAUGCAUCUUACCUAAAUUUCGAAUGAAAUGUGCCAUUUAUACAGGAUAGUUUGAGUCUUAUUUAGGAUGCAUCCUAUGCAAGAUGUGUCUUAUUUUUCCUCAUUUAAAUGACCCUAUUGUUUAUUAUAAUCAGCCCUGAGGUCUCCUGCAGGCCCAUGCUUGGUCCUGUGAGGCCUCGGGGAUGGAGGGGAUCUAAACCUUUGUGUGGAUUUUUGGAUAUAGGAGUGCCACUUGACGUUAGCCAGAAAGUUGGGAAGAGAGCAAAAAAGAGGAAUGAGGGGGAGGGAAAAAGGAAACACCCACCAGCCUUUUUGAGUGGUUUGUGUACUGACGAAUGGAUCAGAUUCGGAUCGGAUUCUAUAUACAUCACUCGCAUGUUUUGUUAUCUUCCAAGGGAGAACUCGAAAAGACUGAUGCAAGCUAUCUGUGAGAAAUGGCAGAGCAAGCAUUACCUGUGGCCUUAUUAACCAUUGAUAUUUGAUGAGAACACUGGGAAAUUGUUCUGAAACCUGAGCAAAAGAUGGCUAUUAACAAUAUUCACCUCACAUGAGAGAUAUGAUGGCCAUUUUGUUCAACUUACAUGUUUUAUUUCUCUUUUGCUGAAUCACACUAUACCCAUCUAUUUUUUGCAUACUAUGAGUAAGCCAUAACAAAGAACAAAUGACCACACAUCAGACAUUUUAAAGGUGUAAAAUCUCUGAAAAAGUAAUAAUGUGUGUGGGUUUCCAAAGUUCUGCACCAGAAGCAAUUGUGUUACCUGCCACAUGGCCCGUUACAGUCAACACAUUGUCAAAUUGUGAAUUGGGAGGUGGUUUUUAUUGUUAUUUGUGGCCUUGCUUCUCAUUUGUGCAUGCUUGGCACAUGUCUUUCCAGCUUUGUCGUUCAUGUGUGCACUUGCCCAGAAAUACAGGCAGCUACACAGACUAGUACAAACUUGGAUAAACCUGAAAAAUUUUUCGCAAAAUAAAUCCUUCUGUGUAAUCAGUUACCAUCCUUUGCUCUCUUAGAAAGUCUGAAUAUAAUAUUAUUGUUUGAAUAGAGAUCAUGACCCUGAAAGGUCAGCAGUUGUAAAGUGACUUAGGGUCCCAGGGGGGUACUCCCUUAUAAGGGCUUAAUGGGGACGUGCAGCCAGCCAGGGUAUGUUUUUUGGGAUUUUUGUCUUAAACAGGGUAUCGAUUUUAUCAUUUUUUGUCUUAAUCAGGGUAUCGAUUUUAUCAAUUUAUGUCUCAAACAGCUAUAAAUAGUUUUGUGAUUGCCCGUGGCUUAAAUGAGAAAGAGUUGAGAUAUUUAUUAUUGUCUUACACAGGGUAUGGUUUCGGGUUAAAUGUCUUAAUCAGGGUAGGAAAAUCAGCGAUUUUUGUCUUAAACUGGGUCAGGGUUUGAGGAGCCGGGCCGCACCUCCUCACCCAAGGAUAUAUCGAGUACCUGCAUUGCUCUAGUUACAAGGAAAAAACUGCUACACAACUUUGCCUGCUCAAGCUCGUCUUGCAAGACUUUACUUUUCCAAUACAUUAUAUCUUAUUUCAAGACUCAUCUUCAUUUGCCCCGUCUAAAGCAGUAUCCUAAAGCUAACUGUCUAGAAUACAAUGAAACAUCAGCUAACUUGCAACCUUGUCGGCAGCUGUGAUAUUCUUUCUCCAGGAUACCAUCGAUAUCGUGGGUCGUUUCUAUUUCUCAAAGAAAAUUCCUAAUGAUCCGGAUUUUUUAUCUGAUCUUGGAUAAUUGUAGUGAAGAAACACACCCUUAAUAAACCAUUCACUGUGUAUUUUUCCCUUUUUAAGGUCUCUUCGCAAAAUUUUAGGUUUUGAAUACAAGACAGCACAGGUUACAACAUACUAAACACUGAAAACAGGGCUUGGAUGACAUAAGUGCGAUGUUGGUUUCAUUGCAGAUCCAGCUGUCACUAAGCAAGUAGAUGGUUUAGGGCGAAAUGCUGCUAUGUACUGUGUACAUGGAAAUACACCUGCUCACACAGAUUGCCUUGAAUUGCUUAUUAAUGCUGAAUGUGAUCUGGACCACCAAGCAAAUGGUAGAGUAUCCUGAAAUUUUUUUCACUUGAAGACCAAAUUAGACAACUUUUAAUACAUUUUAAUGCACCCACUGCUAGUCUGAUUGAAAAAAAAGGCUGUAAAGAAAAGCAUUUCUUCUAAUAGCAUGUUUCAAGUUUUUAAGGCUCAGCAUUUUUAUAUAUCGUAGAUACCUAAAUCCAUCUUGUAGAAGUAAAAGUUUACUUCAAUGCCUUGUGGCCAGUAUGGACAGUCACCUUGAAUUCUUGGGCUGGAUUAAAGUGGCCCUUGAUGUCUUGUUUCUCAUUCCAAAACUGUUGUCCAAAAGAUGCGACUUUAAAAAUGGAGCAGUGCACAAUGAAGCCUGGGUGAAUCUAAUCAUGUGAUAGCACCAAAAUUUUUUUUAAUUCUUUUUAUUAUUAAUGUGGCACCUUCAGUGUGUGGAUUGAUCUCAUACUAAUACUUGGAAACUGCUUGGAAUUUUACUUGUUAGAACUAAAAUAAAUAAUUAUAGCUUCACUUAAUUAUAGAGUUGGAGAGAAAAUGAAAAACGGCAGUCCAGUGAAAUCACUACUUGUCUUAUUUUUUUAAAUCCCAUACUUCGCAGUCCUGCAACUCUUUCGCGUGUAAUUGCAUGUUAGGUGAUCAAACCUCAAUCUUAAGUUGCCCUGGCCUGUUGAAAACAACACAUCAGCAACCAUAUCUAUAUUUUGUAGCAUAUUUAACAUUCAUGUAAUAGCUAUAAUAUUUAAGUUUGUGCAUUGUUUGUACUGUAAAUUAUUAUUAGUACAGAAAAACAGUGAUAAGUUUUUAUCGGUCGCUUACUGGUGUACAUGCAUAGUUUUGCAUAAGUCUUACUUUUUGUAUUUUUCUCUUGAACAUCUUUGCAAUGAUUAUUAUCACCAGAUAAUACUACAGCCCUACAUGUAGCUGCCUUCUGCAACAAUACUGCAGCCUUGACUCUUCUACUCAGAAACAAGGUGACUGCAAGAACUAAAAUGUUAUUUUGUUAUGUUCUAUUAAAAUUUUACACAGUACUUUUGAUCAUUGAACUAUUUUUGGCUUUUAUUCCAGUUAAAAAAAAGAAAACAAUGUGUCCAUUUGCAGUUAUUCAGCUGCACUUAGUGAAUCAACUCGGUUUUAACUGUUUUUGAGAUGCCUGGUUAAAAUUUGAUCAGAACUUAACCUGGUCCAAAGAGUUUUUUGUUUACUUACUUUAGUUUAGUGAAGAAAGCUAUUUUUGCAAAUUUAGUGCUUUUUGUGCAUGGUAGAACCUAAACUUUGUUAAUUCUCAUACAUAAGCAAAGAUGAUCCAUUGAUUGAUAACAAUGACCUGCAGUAUAUAACCCCUCAAGUUGGUUAAAAAAUCCUACCUAGUUAAAAAAAAAAACAUUGUUCUCGUGUAAUUUGCAUAAGAUGGUUAAGAAUCAGUGAAGACCCAAAAUACAUAGCCACAGUUUCUUAGUUUUUAAAGUGAUUUUUAAUUAGUUACCUGGAAAUAACUCAUAUAAGUUUCCUAGCGUGGUUGCAGCCACGGUAACUGUUAUUUGGUGUUAAUUUUUUUGGAUAUUUAUAAAUGAACAAACCUUUCAUACCUAGGCCAUAUUAUGGCAAGGUUAUUUGAUACUAACUUUUAAAUCUGUGGAUGAAAUCCUUUGGUGUUACCAUUCAAAUGAAACCUCUGUGGCAGAACUUUUGUAUGAUACUCCUUAAUUCUCUGAACUUAAAAAAAAUAAGUUUGGCCAUUUUUAUGAGCAAAAGGGUCAAAUAAUAUUACCUUACAUACUGUGGCCAAAAAGGCAGUCAAAACCUGUUCAAAUUGUCCUAUUGCCUCCCACUGCUCACUGCUUUAUUAUCUGCACUCUCCUUAAACUAUGUGAUGGGUACUUUUCAGUAAAAUACAUUGAAAGUGAACCCAUUGCAUCUCAUGUUACCCAAGUUGAAGUGUCCUCCCUUAGAUCAAGGUGAACCCCAAGUCCAGUACUUAAGAUAAACAGUGAGUGUUUUAAAAAAUAGUUUGUUUUUCAAUAGGCUUAGUUUUACUAAUUAAAUUGACAACAUAUCUAACUUUACUGUAAGUGCAUUAGUAAUCAUACAUAGUAGUUAAUAUGUAACAUUUCAUGUGUAUGGUAUCAAAUGGGUAAAAAAUAAUAAUAAUUAUUAUUAUUAUUAUUAUUGUUAUUAUUAUUAACACCAGCUAAUCAUGUGUUUAUAGAUUAUGGGUAGGCCUUUUUAGGACCCUGAUUUGGAAAAAAAGUGAACAAUUUUUUCUUUUAUUUGAGGCUUCUCACCACAUUGAAGACAAUCAGGGCAGGACACCUCUUCACUGGGCAGCAGCAAGUCCCUCCAUGGAUAACCUCAAGGUUAUAUAUGCACUGCAAAUCUUCUCUCUAUGACUGCAGCCUUCUAGCACUGAUUUCUUACUUCUAGCUUUUGUUCUAAAAAACAUAACUAUAGGGAUCUUAAACUCUCUCAGCUAUAAAAUCUACAUGGCCCCAGGGUUGCUCUGCCUUUCUUUGCCCUUUAGUCAAAUGUACCAUUUUUGACAGAAAAGUUACCUCUUACCUUCCUUUGAAAAGUGGUACCUUAAAGAAAGUUUAUCCCUUUUCUAAACCCUUGGAAUGAUAUUAUGGGAGAACAUCAUCACCAAAGGGGAAGUCAACUAUGAAAUAUAAUAAUUAUUAAUUAUUCAGUUCAUUUUGUGGCAUGCCCUUUCAACUAACUGAAAGACAGAUUUCUGUACCCUUUGAUAUACUUUAACUCUUGAAAUCCCUUCCCUUUUAUAUUACCGUAUCACCAUAUAUCCCAAGCAUGGUCAUUGCACGCAUGCUGAACAAGAAUGCUGUAUAAUGACAGACUAGAAACAAUAGACAACUCCCAAAGCACAAACUCAGCCAAAACGCUAAAAAUCUUCAAUGUUUACUCAAGUUUGGGCUUAUAGAAGAUAAUGUCACAGUUUUUCAAUGACCAUGAAAUUCAGAGUCCGGGUAGUUAGUUAAUCAAUUGUGGCCCUGAAAAAAUUUGAAGGAAAAAAAACUACGAAUUUUUAAGAAAAUGCUUUUUUCGUGAGAAGGACUCUUAAACGCUGACAAACGUCAACAAAUAGCGAAAACUAUAAUUUCUAUAUGUUUGCUUUGCUCGAAAUCGCGCGCAUUUACAAGGCCCUAAAGCGUUUUGCUGACUUGCAAGGACCCAUCUGUUAUAACGAUGCCCAAAAUAAAGAGAUGAAUCUCAUAGUUUAUUAGAUAUAAUCCGUGUAAAGUUUGCUUAUCAUUUUCGCAUAAAUUAUGACCUAAAUUUGGAAACCGCUGAAUUUCUCGAAUUGGGUCUUUGCGAUUUUGGUGAAACUCUGUUCAGCGCAAGGCACUAAUGCGCACUAUGUGUAGCCGAGAGAUUUUCACGAAAAAAUGCUGGCAACAGCAGAUUUUCGACUCAGACCUCAAAGGGGCGUGGCAUUAUAACCACGUGACAUUUACUCCGAUCGCCAAACAUUUUAUGUUAUAUUGUAGAUUGAUCUAUAUGUUAUCCAUUCUAUGUGCUAGACUUACGAUAAAAGUAAAGGUGGGGAUACCAGAGAGCUUCAAAGUAGGAUGGUACCCCCUAAAAAAAACUGGGUCGAGUCACCUUAAAUAUAUAUAAGUUUGCUACAAAGCCUAUUAUUUCCUUGUUACCAAAGACCAACAGUAAGCUGCCACGGGGCUGCUGAGCACUGCUAGCUAAAACACAGCCCUGCACUAACCAAAUAAUAUUGUUUUACGGACAGAUGUUACUUCAGUUUGGUGGUAGUCUUCAUGCAGUUGACAGUGAGGGUUUGACACCAGCUAUGUGGGCAUGUUACUUUGACCAACUUCAUAAUCUCCAAGUCCUACAUGAUGCACUGUGCAGACUUGACCCACAGGAAGAUGCCAUCUUCAAAGACACUGAUUGCUAUGGACAAUCUGUGAUACACUGGUCUGUCAAGGGAGCAGGCUCCCUGGAAUGCCUUGAGGUAUUUGAUAAAGAAAUGAUGAGAGAUGAGAUGGUCUUUGCCUUGCAUGUUUUUAAAAAUAUAAUAAGGAUGCAGACUGUAGAUACACAGUUAAGCAGAACCCACAGAAAGCAUAGGCUCUGUACUCAAGGAACAGAACAGACAUAAAGCAUGUGUGCAGAGGGCGUGUGCUUAAUAGCGUUUACACCCCUCUAAAAAAAAGUGGCCAAAAAGUUCAAGGAAAGUUGGCCACCAGUGGUCUUUAAACUGUACCAAAUCUGAAAUUUUGUGAUUUUUAACUGAACUGACACAGCAUGAUAGUUAGUAAUUAUUAAUGAAUGAGCCUGAGUAUCUUAUGAAGAAUUAUGGAGAUUGAGGAGGGUGUUAUCCGUCGAGGCCGAGGCGGAUAACACCCUGCGAGAUCUCCAUAAUUCUUCAUAUGUUACAAAAGCCGAAUUCAAUAAUUGCUUUAUUAUACAUUCAAAAUAAUUCCUAGUUUAAAAACAUAGCUAAAACAUGCCUACCUCCAUCGAUGUUAAGUUCAUCUUCGAUAGUGCACGUUUAGGGUUGUUCAGCUUUGCAAAUAUUCUCCAAACAGCAAAUGUCGCCCUUCGAGUUGUCUUUUUGCUGUUCUUGCCAUGUUUUUAGCUACUAUUUCGCCUGGAUCUUACUCUUGAAUCGAGCAAAAUGUCCACCAUUUUUGUUUUCACAACCAAAACAACUCAACCUCGUCCCCAGGUCUUCUCAGUUAACAGUGCAUUAACCUGCAAGGAAGCUGCACUUUUGACGUCAUUGGUUGAUUAGUUGCAAAAUUCUUCCAAAUUUGGUCAUCAGUAUCUGGUUAUAGUGAAUUAUGUGUGUGCUUUUAGCCAAUCAGAAUUGUGGAAAUAUUUUGAAUGAAUAAUAAUCGUUAAGUAGUUUAAUACAAUAAUAGUCCGAUUGUUAUACCAAAGACUCUUUACUUCAUUUUAUCAAGGUUCCACUGCUUAAAUAAUUUUGUAGAAUCUUCCACUUAGAGUUCUAGGGUUGAAUUUGUAAGUUAAGAUAUCUCCUAAGUACUGUUUCUCAACUAUCGCCAAUUGUUUUGAGAGAGCAGUUGAGACACAUCUUAGCUCAAGAUGGCUUCAUGAAUCCAUCCCCAGGACUGAAAGCAGAUCAUACGAAUUUUUCCACUUUUCGGAUUUCAUAUAAUGUCCUUCUGAAAAUUUGUGUCAACAGUUUAAUUGUGUUUUUGAAGUGCAUUUUAUUUGUAUAGACAGGUUAAGAGGCCAAACAUUUUUGCAUAACCACUUCCAUUUUUGCACUACCACUUCCACUUUCCUUACUUCAAUUUUGUUUCCAAGGUCUUACUGACACCCAGUUCUGCAAUUCUAAGAGAUAAUGAUGGAAAAUCAGUGCUCCACACAACUGCGGAAAAAGGUACUAUAAUUUGAUUAAUUAUUCCUUCUUUUUGUCAACUGCAAUUAUGGAACAUGUGAUGUCACUGUUGUUGGAUCUGUACAUAACACAUAAAAAGUAAACAUGUUUGUUUAUUAACCUAUAAUUUUCUUGAAUGGACUGAAAAUAAUUGAAAAAAUCUUCAGAAACAAUGAAGACAGGAAAAGUCUGCAUUGUGACAAUUAGUUUGUAUCAUUCUGUCUGGACAAGCACUUUAGUUGUUGAUUGAACUGAGUGGAGUGCAAUUUGGUCUGAAAUGAUGUGGGUAAUUUCAAAACAGUUUAUAAGAAAUUCAGCUUAUUAGAAUCCCUUUUUAACAGCACUGAGUUUAGUAGGCUCGAUUUCCGCCGUCUCCUGGGUCCGGUCUUUGAUCCUCCCCGAAGAGAGACGGCUGGACGCGUGACCCGUUGACCUUGUCUAUGACGUUAUUGGAAAGUUGACAAUUUAAGCAUCACUGGAAGUGAAACCGGUCUCCAAUUUUCUUAUUUAUUUGGCUCAAAAUUGCAUCAAGCGCUCCCUUACCCUCCCAAAUGACUUUCGAAAUAGCUUUUUCGGUACAUUUCCAUACAUUGUGAAAAAGAUUCUUCGGUACAUUUCUGUACACGGCAACAUGUAGUUAAUUUUCUUUGAUCUUCGAAUGUUGGAUUUCGUCUUCUGUGGGUCCGAACUGACUGAUUCUAGGAGGCGGACCAAAUUAAAUGGAAAAGUGUCUGAUUUACUAGACAGAAUUUCCAGCGUAUUAAAUGUUCCUCUGUCAAAUACAAAUGUUGACGGUUACAUCUAUAACGAACUCAGUCAUCGACACCUAAAGCGUCUUGAAAAGAUCCUUGAAGAGGCAAAAUCUCUCCAACCACGAUCAUUCACAACAAACAAUCGAACAAAACGUUGUGUUCCUUCGGACUCUAGGAUUUCGCCUAGUGUCUCCGCGCCGUCGAAAUCGCUUCGCCGUGCGAUGGAUCAAGGAAGAACGGCAAGGACUUUCUGUUUUGAUAUGAUAAUUUCUGCAACAAUCUUUGCCAGACGAAAAUCUGCAGGCAGUAACAUGAUUGGCUUAAACUAACAAAGGAAAUCGCAUGCGUCCAGCCGCUCUUUCGGGGGAUGAGUGCUGGCCAAUCUCGUUCCCAGAGGCCGCGAUCCUUUUGGUCAAGGGACCCCUGGGGACGAGGUUGAGUGCUGCCUCAUUUUCCCGAACAGCAGCAGGUAAUCGAGCCUAUGAGUUCAGGUUUUGUAACCUUUCUUGACUUUUAUUCUAUUUUUUUCUUAUAAUCUUCAACUAUAUAGGGAAUACGGCUGCUUGUGAGUUGAUUCUUGAAGUAAGAGGAAGCAUUGAAGGCCUUCAGGACACUGAUAACAUGAAAAGAACUCCAGCUCAUCUGGCUGCAAUUUGUGGCCAAGGAGAAGUAGUCAAUUUUCUUCUUGAAAGGGGAGGUUAGUACCACUCUUGGAGCAGAGGAAAGGAGGCUUUGCGUGAAUUGCAUAGAGCCUUUCAAGUUGGGGAAGCCCAAAUUUCUGGACUAUUCAAUUUUGCUUUCCCUCCUGGAACUGGUUUUUUGAGUGCAAGCAUCAUUUAUUUUUAAACUGAUGGUCAACCUAAAUCCACUGUACCAAGCACAUGGCUAUUAGGACUGGUUCAAAUGCAUAUCCCAGCAACGAGCAGCGCAUGCUCAACAGAGAUUUUACUUGAUUUAUGUAGAGUUUUUCUCGAGUAUGCCAAAUAGAGCAAGUUAAAGAAAGGCUCUGCUUGCAGAGUUGGUUAAUACCGGCACAUUGUGUCUGUGAUAGAAUGGUCGUUCAAAAAGUUCCGAAGUUGUCUUCUUAAUGCAGUGUUAUGUACAUUUCGUUGCUUAAUUUUCUAGUGUUUACAAUGGCUAACAAAAUCUAACUACUUCAUUUCUCAUAUUAAUUAGCAAAGUGAUUAUUUUCUUAUUAUUAAUAAUUGUGAAUCAAAAAACAUAUAACUCCUUAUGACAAGUUAAAAAUUCCUGUAAUCUUUAUUACCAUUACUUUUAUUAUUAUUAUUAUUCUUUUUAUUUUACGUGUGUAUCACAGCUGAUCUCCUGCUGAAGGAUAAACUUGGCGCAACUGCUGUGGAUUAUAUUUACAACAAGCAGCUUACCUACUGUGGGAUGAUUCUCAGAGCUCAUUUGAGGAGCAAUGAUCAACAGAUAACACCCACCAAUACACAAAGGUAGACUAGAGGAGAGAGAGGGAUAUUUAUCAAAAUUAUUAAUAUUGAAUGAGGAUGAGUAUGAUAUGAAGAAUUAUGUAGAUCAAGGAAGAGUGUUAUCCACCAAGGCUGCAAAUUGUAAAGGAUAAUACCCUCUGAGAUCUGUGUUACAUAAUUCAUAUCAUGCAAAAGCUGAAUAUGAAGCUGAAAAUGAGUAUUGAUUAAUAAAUAUUUGCAGGGUCUUAACAAGCCUUACCUUGAUGUAGAAGUUCUUCAAAACAUUUGCCUGUUCCUCAGCAGUUUUAGCAUAUGAGUGAACUGUUUUCUGGCAGAUAUUUUCAAAAGCAGUUGACAUCCAUUGAGUGGUGUUUUUGAGUGGUCCUUUCUUUACGUCUCAAUGUAUGUAUUCUAAAACUGAAUUUAGAAUGGCGUAUAUUAAAUGUAUGAGUUCGUGAUUCCUGUAAAUGCACAAGCAUCAUGGUUGAAAUACUUCUACAAAAAAAAUUAAGUACAACUCCCUUUUUUUCUACAGCCAGGAUACUUCAUCAAGGCCGCAACCUUCUGCUCCCUCUCCUGAAACUGUUCAACAACAAUUUGAUACCACCAUCAUGCAAGACAAGAAAGACCACCGAGGAUCUCUCUGUGACCAGAACAAUGAUGUGUCAGAGCUUCACGGCUUUGAAGUUCAAGGUGAUUCAAUAGACAUAGAAAAUGAGGAAAAUCACCUAAAAGCAAAACAUGAGGUUAAAAAUGAUGGCAGUUCUACGAACAAUAGAGGUCAUAGUAAAAAACCUCAGCAAAAGAACAAGCACCAAAAUACACUAACAAGACAAAGUGGUUUUCAUAAUGAUAGUGAUCCUAAAGAACCAUUGGAAGCUCCAAGCUUUGAUCUGAGGACUGAGGAAGGUGACAUACUUGUUGUUGUGAGUAAUCUGGAUGUUGAAGAUGGUGAACAGGAGCAGAUAAUUAAUAUUGAAGAAGGGGACCUUGAUAUUGAUGGUGAAGACAAUUUUGAAUACUCAAGUGUUCGUUUGCAACAGGGACGUGGCAGCGCCUCAAGUGUGCACAGUGAGCCCGAUAAUGCAGAUAACUGCAGCGUCAGUGUUGGACUGAGUGUGUCAAGUCUUGGAAGUGAUAAUGAAGAUGAACUUCAGGAUGACGAUUUGGAAGAGCCUGCUGAGGAGGACAAGAACCAAGAGCAAAGAAAAGGAAAAAGUAUUGAUUCACAGUGUCAGGUAAUGAGGGCAAAUGUGUGUAUUUUUUACUAUUCAUUAACUGUGGAGAAAUCAGUUAACUGAAAACCUGUUGAAACUGGAUCUCAGAGGGUAUUGGACACUUCUGUUGUAACCAUAGUGUGCAAGUUUUCCCAAGGUGCUUCUUUAGAUUUAUCACAAAACACAGUAUUAAUAAAACUGUUUCUUUUAAAGAGUUGGUAUUUAUAACAUUUUACCAUUGCUUGUCUUUUAUUUUCAGUCAAUUCCAGAACCUAGUCUACCAUCACAACAGGUCCCCUCUACAGAAUUCAAAUCCCCACCUCCGAAACCUCCACAAAAAUUAGCACAGUUACAUUCUCUUCCCCCCGGGAAAAGCUCUGCCUUUGUAGAUGAUAAUUACACAGAAGAACUUGAACAAGAGCAACUAGCAAUGGCUUCAACAAAGAAGAAAGAUAAAAGUAAAAAGAAAAGACAAAAGGGGCCAUCAACAUCAGAACUGGCUGCCCCUCUCCCACCUCCAAGGGGAAUGGUUCCUCUUAGCAGUUUGGGCCCCCCUGGGGCUCCUAAACUUGGUUCCUUGGAUCCACGUGGUUUAAAGCCAGCUCCUUGGGAGCAUGGCCCUCUUGGACCUCUAAGGCAGGUACCUCCUGAGCCAGCACCUCCUACAAGCCCACGAUUUGGAAGAAAAGGUUAUCCAUAUCCUGGAGAAGGUUUUGAUCAUAAUGAAAAUCUAUUUGAAAGGCCUCGGAGCCCUGAACCGCCUCGCAGUCCUCGUGACAUGGGAGGACAUCAUUUACACCCAUCUCCUCCUGAUGCUUCCUUUAGAGGUCCCAUAGAAGGCGGUGUUCAUGAAAGGGACAUGGCCCAUGGCUCCAUGUCUCAAGCACCUCUUAAAAGUAUGGUGAGUGAACAAGUGAUAGCUUUGCAUGCAGUAUUCAGCAAUCUAGCACUCUCCUUUAUAAGUGGUUUGGAGGAAGGAGUUAUCACCAAAUAUCCUCUUAUUAUAUAAUUUCUUCAUCACUCAGGUGAAUCAUGAGAGUCAUGUUCUGGAAGAACUAAAAUAGACAUAGACUUAAGGCUCUUUUUUGUACUGAAUGGAGUCCUUGAAAAAUGGGAAAUGUGUCCUUGAAAGUCCUUGAAAAGUCCUUGAAUCGUUUGUUCAAAAAAGGGCACGAACCCUGUACUUCCUUACUAAGAGAGACUGAAAUGAUCUGAAUUUAGAAAAGAUAGCAAACCUCAAAUCAAUUAUUUGUGUUUUAACCCUAAUUUAACUCUUAUAUGCAACAUUAGAAGUGGUAAGGAGAAGCUGAUUAUAUGCCAUUGCCAAUAAGUCCCAAGUAUAUGCAUAUAUAUGUACCAGUUUAGCCUGCUACUGUUAAGUUUACUGAAAAAAAAUCAGUGAUUGCAGCAGUUAUAAGGAAACACUUCUUAAGUUAUCACACCAGUCAUAAUGACUGCUGAAGAGGCAAGCUUACUGUUCUGCUGUAAGGCUGGGUGCCAUAUAAUCACCAUGAUGGCUUUGAAUGCUUACAUAGCUGAACUUUGCAGCAGUAAAUUACACAUAAGUACAAGAAACUAUGAUUUGAAAGUAAGCUUGAUUUCUAAUGUUCCAAUUAUAUAUUUCUAGGGAACAAUGGGCAGGAGUGCCAAAAUGGGUGGAGUCAUACCCCAUGGACCACCAGGACCACGACUCCCUGGACAUGCACCAAUUCCUCAUCCACCACAACAUUAA